AUGGAGGAUAAUUCCCUCUCUGGGAAGAAGCUCACGAGCGUCCAAGUCCACGUGGAGGGGGUGAAGAAGGUGAAAGGAGAAAAGCUCAACUUCCUCUUUGAAGAUAUCAAGAAAAGUGCAACCCUGGAGGACCUUUUUCUUCAGAUUAAUAAAUGUAACGAAAAAAUCCAUCGGUUAAACAUAUUCGCUGGUGCUCCGCUAAUCAACCUGAGGAGCCUCACCGAAACAGACGUGGAGGUGAAAUACACACUAAAAGAGCAAAGCAACAACUAUGUCGUAGGGACCAAUGUAAAUAACCGCGGAGAAGUAACAGCCGAGUUAGAGAUGAACGUGCCGUAUGUUCUCAGAACGAUCAAUAGUGUCCAACUCAAAGGUAACAUAAGUAGCUUCUACACAAACAAUUUCGCUCUCCGAUUUGUUUUUCCCCAAAUAAGUAACUUGGCUAACCUUAACCUCAUUUUUGAGGGAAACCUCAGCAGCGUAAGUAACACACAACAUGGAUCCUACUUAGUGAAGGGUAACUCUCUCAAAACAUUCCUCGUGGGAGAAAGGCACACAUUCAUUUGGGACGUAAAUUUCAACACCCUCUUUCAACGUAUAAGUCGAAAUUAUAUUCCCUCUGAAUCGAUGCUAAAGUUGCCAGGGAGAUAUGUCAAGCAUAGUAUACGCCAUGUGUACAAGCGAGAUGCACUGGGUUAUGGGUGGCCAAAGGAAUCACUGCACCAGGGGGGUCGCCCCACUGAAGAGGUACCAGAUCGACACAUCGAGGGAGGAAGUGCCAAUCCAUCCCAACUUGUGGAACAAACCAACUACCCCACGUCAGGCUACCUCUACCAAAUGGAGAGUGAACUCUCCUUGCCCUUCUGCGAAGAGAAAUCCUUUAAAAAUCAGUUGCACUACCUCUUUGUGAAGAGGCUCCGUGAGGAUGUUCUCACCUAUGUAAGCUUUACCAAUGGGGUGAAACAUCGAUUUGAUAAAACCAACCCGUACCAGCUAGGGGCCUUCCACUUCAGUGGAAGCAUAGGCACCUCCCUAACGUUUCGAGGCUUCGAACAUAGCAGCAUUGGAGACACAGACGUCGGUUACAAGUUUGAUAGAAAAAGAGGAGAUUACCGAAUCUGUUAUAAUUACCUGGGGGCCAACUUCAUCACCAGCUUUGAAUUCGUAUGUAAAUAUAUCUUAAAGCUACAGAAUGUUAAUCCCAUUCUGUUCUUUUAUGUGCAGGUGGGACGACUGAGCAAUCAUUUUUUCUCUUCCUUUGAUCAGCUAAAGAGAGACAUGAGAGCAUCCACUGGGAUCGGACUCAUGACAUACAUACAGAAGAAUGUCUCCUUGGAGGUUUUUUUUAAUUUUCCUCUUUUGCAUCACCUGAAUGACCGGACGAAGUACUUCCAGGUGGGCUUAAACUUUAGGGGCAUGUUAUAG